UGGGGAGCUGGAUGACAGCAGCAGACAGAGAGAGAGAGAGAGAGAGAGAGAGAGGCUGCACAUCGUACAAACAAGCGGGCUUUGGAUGCGUUUCGGCCCGGCGGCUGCUUGGAGUGGUCGCCUUCCUCUGCUGGAGGCAAACAGCAGUCUGGACAACACUGAAGGGGAAGGAAUGAGUCAGAGAAAUAAUAAAAACACCAGCUAAAGACUAACUGAUAAUAAUUAAAAAAAAAUAAAAUAAAAAAAAAGGUGGGCGCGACAUCGUUUUGGAGGAGCAGAGGCCGGGCCGGACAGUGACCACAGCGGAGGAGCAGAGCCAUUAUCAGCGGACAGCCAUGGCGGAUGCAGAGCUGGACUUCCAGACCGGUGAUGCCGGGGCGUCUGCCACCUUCCCCAUGCAGUGCUCCGCGCUGCGCAAAAACGGCUUCGUGGUGCUCAAAGGUCGACCCUGCAAGAUCGUCGAGAUGUCCACCUCCAAAACCGGCAAGCACGGUCACGCCAAGGUUCACCUGGUUGGCAUCGACAUCUUCUCCGGUAAGAAGUAUGAAGACAUUUGUCCUUCCACCCACAACAUGGACGUCCCCAACAUCAAACGAAUGGAUUACCAGCUGAUUGGGAUCCAGGACGGCUACCUCUCCCUGCUCCAGGACAGCGGGGAGGUGAGAGAGGACCUGAAGCUUCCCGAGGGAGACCUGGGAAAGGAGAUCGAGAGCAGACACGAAGCCGGAGAGGAGAUCCUGAUCACUGUUCUAAAUGCAAUGGACGAGGAAGCUGCAGUCGGUAUAAAAGCCUUGGGGAAAUAAGCCACAGUAGAUACAAACGAGAUGCACUGGACCUGGAGGAAAAGGAGAGGCUAAUGCAUCGUCCAAGCUAGUCUCCCUCCCUUCUCUGUCUGUCUCUUUCUUUCUUUCCGCCUCUUCUUUGGGUUCAACUAGACGACUUGAAUAAAUGUCUGGAAACAACAACAAAAAAAUAUAAAUAAUAAUAAAAAAAAAACAUUAUUGAUGUACAUGCACAGACGGGAGUCCCAGAGUGGAUCCACAAAUGUUGUGUAGCGGCGCCACCUUCAGGGACGAGCUGUAAUCACUCUUCUGUUUGACAAACCUCUGCUGAAUCAAGGGCUUCACCUCCAGAUCUACAGCGAAACCGAAAACGAUUUCAGAGAGAUGAUGAGUGUAUUCUGCCGGUGUUCAAAGUUAUUUAUUGAGGAGAUGUUGUGCGGAAACCUUCCUGGCUGUCUGAAGACAAACAAAUGUUAUUUAUUGAGCUCCCAGGUCCUGAUCCAGGAUCUGUGGACAAUCUUUGGCAAGUUUGGUUCCGUCUCUUGUGUUCGUACAGCCGAACCGUGCAGAAUCUCCGCAAGGGCAACACACACAUACAAAAAAA